AUGGGAUGGAUUGAUGAAUUUGACAGAAGAAACGAUAAAGAUUGGUUCUCUUGUGGACAAUGUGAAAUUCCUUCAAGUCUCAGAGAAGAAGAAUAUGAUCCGGUUGAUUGUACAGCAAUACACGGACUGUCCUCAUCACUACCUAGUGGCCUGUACAGAAUAAAAAUUCCAAUGCUGGGUCACGUGACUGCUGUAUGCGAGAUGGAGAUCGAUGGAGGAGGCUGGACGGUAAUUUCUGAAGUUGAUGGUACAGGGGUUUCAACAGUCUCAUUUUUCAACGUCGCAUGGGCGGAGUAUAAGGACGGAUUUGGAAAUCUGACGUCAGAGUUUUGGCUAGGCAAUGACAAACUACAUUAUCUACUGAGUCAAGGAUCCUAUGAAUUAAGGAUGGAUAUGAGUGACUUCAGCAAUCAGAUACGUUAUGUUAAAUAUAGCAGCUUUUCUGUUGGCAACGAAACUUUCAAAUACGUCGUGUCAAUAUCUGGUUUCUCUGGAAACGUAGGUGAUUGUUUCACAUCAGAACAAGCAAUAAACAAUAUGAAGUUUACCACAAAAUAUCAAGACAAUGAUGUCAGGGCCGAAAACUGCGUAGUUCUGUUCCAAUCUAGAUGGUGGCAUAGAAAAUGUCUUUGUGCUAACCCGAAUGGCCUCUAUUUGGCGGGGAAAACGGCGGUAUAUGCUAAGGGCAUCACGUACGGCCCUUGGCUUGCACAUUAUUACUCGCUGAAAACUAUUCAACUGAUGGUUAUGAGGAUGGUAUAAGAAGAAUCUGUGAGGAGGACAAAAAUCAGCGUUCGGUUGAUAUCCAAAAACGUUCGGCUGGUUUUAUUUUCACCAGUAGAAUUGGUUAUACAUAUCUGGGGUGAUCAUUAAUUGAACACUGUAAAGUCAUCACUGAGUGACUGACCCCCUCAUUUAUUGAUUCUGCACUGACAAUUCAAGGUCUGAAAUGAUUAAUUUCAUUCUGUACUUGGGAUCAAAUUCGAUAACUAUCCUUAAAUAGCAAUGAUAGAGAGGUGUACCCUCAGGAGAAGACACCUACAUCCGCUCGCUGUUCAGUGUGAAUAGCUACUUUGAAUUACUGCUUUUUAAUUGUAUUUUAGCUUCUUUAAUUCUUAAACGACCAAGACCAAUCGUGUCUGGGACCGGUCUACUUGGUAUCAUGGUCGCGGUGGUUCAGUGGUUCGCUUCGUGACUAGGUGGUUGUGGUUUCGAAUCCCAUCCUCUGGAUUUACAUCCAACAAAGGAAAUAAAUA